AUGUCCUUGCUAUGUCAACGAAGGCAUCAACGAGGUCCUUACGUGACUAAGGCAUGUACAAAUUGCCAACAAAAACAUCUGAAAUGUUCUGGAAAAGCUGUUUGUAAACAUUGUACACUAUACAAUUUAAAGUGUAUUUUUAUUGAUUCUGGUAAAAAACGUGGGCCAAAGAAGAAUCAUAGGAAUCAUAGACUUUUCGAUCAAAAUUAUAUUUUUAAUGGCACUGGAAUUAACUUUGACAAAACUCCUAUCUUAUUCUCAAAUACUCCGAAUCUUGUGCAGAGUCUCGCAUUAUUUCCAUCUGGAUAUCAACUUAAUGCUUCACAGCAAAUACUAGAUAAUAAUUUCGAUAUUUGCUUCUCCUCUAACUCUGACUCCGACAAUGAACUUCGAGGCAUACUUAUUUCUCAAGAAAUUAGUCACUUUUUUUAUUAA